GGAAAAUUGGAGCCCAGAGGUCCCACCCUCAGAGGCGGGGCCAGGCUAAGCCCGUGGCCACAGUUCCAUCCUUCCAGAACCCAGGCAGGAGCAGAGCCUGCGGCAGCCGCGAGCCUGGGGCCCUGCUAUCCCAGAGUGGAGGCACCAUGCUCUCCCCGGCCGGGACAUCAGACAUCUCCAGAGGCCCUGCAGGGUCGGCUGCAGCAGUUCCCUGACACAGGACAGCCCAGGCUGAGGAGCACCUGUCUCCAACUGCCAUGUGAGUCGCUACUCCCCUCCCCACCCCAGACCUCAGCCCCACUCCUGAAGAAGCCAUUGCCACCAGAGCCAGCAGGGUCACACUACCCACACACCACUGGGAAGUCGCUCCUGGGGCUGGCCCUUCCCUUCUUGCUGCUCUGGUGGGGGUGGGGUAGGGGACUCAGGAGGGCUGGAGCUCCAGCCCAGGAUCCAGAGGUUAGGUUGGAGGAAGGUACCCUGAGGUCUUGUGGGGUUUAAUCAAGUUGACAUGCAGGGACAAAGGGGAACAGAAACCGGAGGGCUGCUGAAAAGAAAAGAUGUCCUGAGUUGGGGUCAAAGGGAAGAUUGAGGAAGAGAAAACAGGGGAGGGGAAGGGGUGCAGCAGCUUGGAGGCCCAGCGUGGGGGCCUCAGCUUCUCCUGAGUCAGGGUGGCUGUCGGGAGGGGGCAGUAGGAAUCCUUUCCUUAUUGACUUUAAUCCUAGCAACAGCAGCUGCUCCCGUGGACAGAAGCAGGCGUUCCCACAGGGUCCAGGACCCCUCCCUGUUUCCUGAUGUAGCAGUGGGGCCGGGCGCUGGCGGGCUGAAAACAAGGAGCCAAGUGAAGGAAAGGACAGGGACAGAGCAGAGCUGCAGAGAGGCCAGCCCUGUCCAGCAGCUCCUCUCCCCUUUCCUGGGGGUCAGCUUCAGCCUCAGGGUGUGGGAGGUGUCCUCCUUGCUGCUGGCAUCUCCACAUUCACUGCCAAUCCUCCUCCAACCUCCCCCGCCCCGCCACCCACUCACUUCUACCCCCAGCAACUCCUCUCUCUCCUCCAAUUCCCAGGAAGGGACCUGUUGCUAGUGGUGCAGAUGAGUCAAGUUUAUGGGCUGGAAGUCCUAUCCAGAGGCUGCUCACUCAUCUGUAACCAACCGGCCACAGGGCAGAUGGGGAUGGUGGUGCAAGGGACAGGGCAACCCACUUGCCGCCACCAUUGCCCUGACCUCGCCACUAAUUCUGAUGCUUAGUGAUCCCUCUCUCUGCCUCACUCCUGCCCCCACCCCAAUCCUAAUGCUCUGGUUUCCCACCAGGCUUCGAGCAUCUGAAGACAGGGACCCCUCUCCUUUACCUGAACACCACUUCUAGCACCUGGCCCUCGCCCAGAGGAGGCUGUCAGCUUUGGCUGACCACUACACCAGCCACACCCCGUCUUCCCUUUUGGCUAAUUUAGAGGCCUUGCCAGUAGAGGCGGGGGUGAGCAAGAUGCUUUGGGGCUGGAUGGGUCAUUCUUUCAGUUUAAACAGGCAUAAGCACAGCUGCACAAGGGGGCCAAGCGGGUAACAGAAAUGGGUGAAGUGGCCUGUGGGGAGGUCCCCACUCCAGCUGGUCACUACCACACAGGACAUAGGUAUUGCCACAACUGAUUUCUUAAGCGAAGCCAGAAAUAGAAAUUUUAAUUGGCCAUUAAUUGAAAAAAAUGUAUAUACAGCUUAGUCCAUUUGGCUGCAACCUCUAGAUUAAUAAGUAUUCCCAAGAGGACAGUGACCUGCAGCCCCGCCCUAACUCUGGCCACCCCAUCUCCUGUCCAGGCAUGUCGGCCGUUGCUCCAGAUUUUCCCUGUCCCCAGACCCAAGAUGACACCCAACAGCACCAGGGAGGUGCCCGGUGCUGUUCCCAUGGGAGCCUUUGGGCUCUCCCUGGUCCUGGCAAGCCUCAUCGUCGUGGCCAACCUGCUCCUGGCCUUGGGCAUUGCCGGGGACCGCCGCCUACGUAGCCUCCCUGCUGGCUGCUUCUUCCUGAGCCUGCUGCUCGCUGGGCUGCUUACGGGGCUGGCACUGCCCACACUGCCAGGCCUGUGGAGCCAGAGCCGCCGAGGCUACUGGUCCUGUCUCUUCCUCUACUUAGCACCCAACUUCUCCUUCCUCUCCCUGCUCGCCAACCUGCUGCUGGUGCACGGGGAGCGCUACAUGGCAGUGCUGCGGCCUCUCCGGGCCCCUGGGAGCGCUCGGCUGGCCCUGCUCCUCACCUGGGCUGGCCCCCUGCUCUUCACCAGCCUGCCCGCUCUGGGGUGGAACCACUGGGCCCCUGGUGCCAACUGCAGCUCCCAGGCUGUCUUCCCAGCCCCCUACCUCUACCUCGAAGUCUAUGGGCUGCUGCUGCCUGCCGUGGGUGCUGCGGCCCUUCUCUCUGCCCGUGUGUUGAUCACUGCCCAUCGCCAGCUACAGGACAUCCGCCGGCAGGAACGGGCAGUGUGCCGCGGGGUGCCCUCGGCCCUGGCCCGGGCCCUGACCUGGAGGCAAGCAAGGGCACAGGCUGGAGCCACGCUGCUCUUUGGGCUGUGCUGGGGACCCUACGUGGCCACCCUGCUCCUCUCAGUGCUGGCCUAUGAGCAGCGCCCACCGCUGGGGCCUGGAACUCUGUUGUCCCUUGUUUCACUGGGCAGUGCCAGUGCAGCGGCCGUGCCUGUGGCCAUGGGGCUGAGUGAUCAGCGCUACACAGCUCCCUGGAGGGCAGCUGCCCGAAGAUGGCGCCGGGUGCUGCGGGGAAGAGCCUCCCGGAGCAGUCCUGGCCCCGGCACUGCCUACCGCACCAGCAGCCAAAGCAGCACGGACCUGGACUUGAACUAGGGGAAGGGCCUCCGCUUACUCCUACUAGAAGCAUCCAUCCAUCUCAGCCACGCCUGUCUCCACUUGUCCGCACACCCCUGGAUCAGAGACCCUGCCCUUUUUUAUUGGUGGAAUAAAGCUCCUCUGGCCGAGUU